AUGCCUUACGAUCCAGAUAAAAGCUCUGAUCACAGCUCGCGUAGCCCUGAUUACAAUGACAGCGCGGAGCAAAUCCUUGGAGGUGGAGACUCACAUCGCAUCAUAUUGCGCUUCCCAGCAAAUGGCCAAGGAGCGCCAGAAGACUCUGAAGGAAACUACAUAUAUGACAAGAUAUACCCAGAGUAUCAGCCACCGGGCCUCAAGGAAACACUAGAUGAGUCUGCAAAGUCACGGUCACCGUCAUCAAAGGGGCGCAGCAUUGCAGCAGGAGAUGAAGUGCCUAACGAGCAUCCCAUUGAUAUCAUCCCAGAGCCCAAUUUGAAGCGUGCACUGUCAAGUGACUCCAACACUGAUUUAAAGUCUGAUGAGAAUCGACACUUUGCUGAUGCUAUCACAAACUCUCCACGACGGGCCAAACCACCUCGGAAGAAGCAGCGGGUCACCUUGCAGCCUGCAAAUCAAGCUGCAGUGUCGGGGAAUCUCAGGUUGGGGGAAGAAAUAGUUGGAUUGCUUCGAGAGCAAAUUGCAGUCCUAGCACACACAUCAGCAAACUACAACUUUUCCCACAGAAAGCACAAGAUUUGUGUUCCCACGACAGCCAAUCACAGAUUUCACAGUUCCGCCAAGAGUCACAGCAAAACAGUGCUACAAGAGUCACAGAAAAAUAGUGCACCCAGGACUUUGCAUUUGAAAGUCAAGGAGUUCAAGUCCGAAUAG